CUAGUUAAAAAAACUAGAGCAGAGAGAGGUGGAAGCAGCAGCUCCUUCCACCAGUGCUGAUUCACUUUCUGAUGGAGGUGAAUCUUCACAUUCUCUCGCUGGUUCUUAAGUCUGAACUCAUCCUGCUUCGACCCUUCAUCCUGGGAGCCAAGAUCAAAGGGCUCUUAGACUGUGGGGCUACUCGCAACUUCAUCUCUCCCAAGGUAGUCAGCAAGCUGCACUUGGACCAGAGGUUGGUGAAAUUGCGACAACCUUUGGAGGUAUGCAUUGGAGACUCCUCCACAGUCAGGAUUACUACUGCGGUCAAGGACCUACCCGUAUCCUUUGACAAGCAGGGAGAAGUCAGGCACCGCCUGAACUUCUAUGUGUUUCCUAACGUCCCCUUUGACCUUGUCUUCUCUAUGCAGUGGCUUGGUGCCACCAAUCCUAGGAUCGACUGGCGGAUCCCUAGGGUUGAGCUGCCUGAUCGGCAUGGGGUAUAUCGCCCUUGCAUGCUCGUUGACGAGUACCAUCCGGCCAGCAACUAUUAUUGUAUGAGUGCUCGCAGAUUUCUGCGAUUCUCACGCCAGACUGACCAUGCCCGUCUGUUCGUGGCUUUUGUCAAACAGACUGACAUGGAGAAUGCUCUAUGUCCCUCUCAGAUUCAGCAGUUUGUAGACAUCUUCUCAGAUCUUAUGGAGGAGCCUACUGGACUUGCCCAUAGGCAGACCAAACAUAAGAUUGAGAUCCUGCCUGGUUCGGUCCCCCCCAAGAGCCAAGUCUACAGGAUGUCUCCUGCUGAACUUGAAGAGCUCAGGAAACAAUUAGAGACCCUGACCAACAAGGGCUGGAUCAGGCCCAACACAUCUGAGUUUGGGGCACCAGUCCUCUUUGUUCCAAAGGGGAAUGGUGUGUUCAGGAUGUGCGUGGACUAUCGUGGUCUCAACAAAACCACGAGGAAGUCUACAGAGCCUCUUCCUCGCAUUGAUGAUCUGUUGGAGAUGGUGCAGGGUUGUACUAUCUUUAGCAAGAUCGAUCUCAAAUCUGGCUAUCACCAGAUUGAGAUGGCUGACGACAAUGUCCACAAGACAACCUUCAAAACCAGGUAUGGUACUUAUGAGUACCUGGUCAUGCCAUUCGGUCUUUGCAAUGCGCCAGGCACCUUCCAAACAGAGAUGCAUCGCAUACUGAGGCCUUACCUGAACAAGUUCGCAGUUGUCUACCUUGAUGAUAUCUUGGUAUUCAGUCGUUCUGUCCAGGAGCAUGUACAACAUUUGGCUCUGGUCCUCCAGGCCUUACGUGAUAACCAGUAUAAGAUUAACAGGGAGAAAUCCUCUUUUGGGGUUCCCUCUGUAGUCUAUCUGGGUCACGUCAUCUCUGGAGAGGGGUUGGCUCCUGAAGCAACGAAAGUUGCUGCAGUUCAGGACUGGCCGCGACCUGCUAACAUUUGUGAUGUCCGGUCUUUCUUGGGGCUUGCAUCCUACUACAGGAAGUUCAUCAAGAACUUCUCUGCAAUUGCAACACCCUUGACUGAUCUCACAAAGAAAGACACUUCCUUUCUUUGGACAUCAGAAUGUCAGGAGGCCUUUACACGUCUCAAGGAGGCCUUGAUUCGUGCCCCUGUCUUGAAGUUACCUGACCCUACCCUGCCUUUUGUGCUUACUACUGAUGCUAGUCAGUAUGGUGUAGGGGUGGUACUUCAGCAGGAUGAUGGGAAUGGUCUGCAGCCUAUCGAAUACAUGAGCAAGAAGAUCAAAACUAAGAAGUUGCAGGACUAUACCUAUGAGAAAGAGUUGUAUGCUCUUGUGUCAGCGCUCAAGCAUUGGAAACACUUUCUCCUGGGCAGGCACUUCAAGAUCUUUUCAGAUCACUCCACCCUGCAGUGGAUGAAGUCUCAGGGAGAGCUGAAUGACAAGCUUGCUCGCUAUAUUCAGUUCAUUGACAUGUUUGACUUUGAACUGAGACACAAGAAGGGGUGCUACAAUCGAGUAGCAGAUGCCCUUUCUCGUAGGCUUGACGCUCUUUUCCUGAUCUUCUUCACUCACUCAUUUGGAGAGAGGACACGUCAAACUAUUGCCCAAUUGCUGUCCCAGGAUGAGAUCUUUGGGCCUAUUGUGAGGAAUCUCCAGGAUGAUCCUGCCUCUAAACCAGGAUAUACUUUGGUUUCAGGUCUGUUUUACACAUGCAGCAGAGGUGAGGAGCGCCUGUGCAUUCCCCAGGACCGCAAGCUGAGGAUACUGCUGAUAUCAGAGUGUCAUGAUGCUCGUGGUCACUUUGGGGCCCUCAAAUCUUAUGCAGCCCUGUCGCAGCGCUUCUUCUGAAAGGAGAUGAGGAGUGACAUGCUGCACUAUGUGGAAACCUGUGAGUUAUGCCAAAGGAAUAAGGUGGUACGUCGACCUCCCCUUGGCCUACUCAAACCACUACCUAUCCCUGAUGCCCCUGCAUAGUCAGUGUCGAUUGACUUCACUGACUUGGGUAGGACUACACGACAAGGUAUGCGUCAGGUCAUGGUAUGUGUGAAUCGGUUCUCCAAAUAUGCAAAGUUCAUCCCCUUACCAACUGAGGCUCGUGUGCCAGCCGUUCAGGCGGCAUUUGUUGACAGGUGGGUUACAUAUCAUGGACCACCCACCUCUAUUGUCAGUGACAGAGAUCCCCGGUUUUGCAGCAAUGAAUGGCAAUCCUAUUG